ACGGUCACCGGUAGCCCUUGGAUUGUCGCCUCGCCUCCACACUCCCAAAUUCUGCUCUACGAUGGAUAUUCCCAACCACUCGCUCGUAGUUCAGCCGCCGCCGGCGAUGAGGAAGAAGAAGAGGAGGAAGCAAGUCCCGGAGGUGCUCUGGCGACUCUUCCGACACCGCGCUCGCCCACUCUGCGAUACCAUUCUGGCCUUGAUCCCUCCCAACUGCUGCUGCAGCUGCAGCAGCAGCAAUAGCGCGGAGUGCCUCUCCUGCAAACGCGACGAAGCCUUGCUCCUGCUCCUCAGGCCCUCCGAUCCCCCUGGCUACCGCAGGCUCCUCAAUGGAUGCUUCGCCGUUGUUCCCGAGGACGCUCCUCCUCUCUCAGCCUUCGAUCCCCGACAUUUCCAGUUGCAACGUGAGAAUGUCAAAAGAUGCAUUGAAACGAUAAUGUGCGAGCAAUCUUCCUCUUCUAGUUUGAUCUGCUGCAGAUACGAUAAAGACAGCUGCUCGAAUUCUGUUGUUGAUGAACUGUCGUCAUCAAAUUGGAACCUUCUCUCAAUGAGGGUUGGUGAUGCUCUGAUUAUAUAUUUGUUCAAGUACGCAUCACUAUUUCUGCCUCUGCCUCGAGGGAAGCAUAUUCAAAUUACUGGUUAUCCCAUUAGUGAUUUGUACUUCAAAUCUGCAUAUCACAUGCCCAAUCCUAAAACUCUGCAUCUUCCAAUGCAUAAGGGAUCAGGAAAGAAGAAGCGAAUAGUUGAAGUUGUGUCCAUAGAAGGGAACCAACCAAGUACCUGUUGUCUUGGUGUUGAGCCCUUUCUGAACCCUGCUGAGCUUGUAGCAAAUAAUGGCUCUAGACAUUUUGGUAGUGAAGGACUAUCACAUAAUGUAUGUGAAAGAAGUUCAAAGAAUGGCAUUCUGCCAUUUCAGAAGCGUAAAAGACUGUUCCGUUGGCAGAGGCAAAGAAAACGCAGGCAGUUGAUUGACAAAAAUGCUAAUUCUUUGAUCCAAAAUGGAGGAAAAAGUUGCAAUAGUGAUACAUCAUCCAGAUUACCUCAAAAUAUUCUCUGUUCAAGCGAUAAGAGUGUAUGUUUGAAAAUCGAUUGCUUUUGUUGUUCAAUCUUCCAAAAUGUACCAAGAAUGAGCAAAAAUGCUGAGAUUGAUAGGAAGAAAUUAUUUUAUAGGUUUGAUAAUUCUACAUCAAUGUUUCCAAAGAAGCACACAUUGUCCACGCUCAAGCCGAAUAGUUAUGGAGCUUCUGUUUUGUUCAACAAUAUCUUUGGUACAUUUGUCUUUGACAAGAAUCCUGGGACAAAGCCUUGUUCUCACAACCAAAGUAGUGGUCUUGUCUUAUCCACCUGCUUAUAUCACUGCCUUACCAAGCUACUCAAACGACUCAUACGUAUGGCUCGGAAUUGCCCCCACAUGAGGUUGUUGAAGAAACAUUGCUCAAUCGCAUCUUCAAUUCAUGGCUCUAGUAGCACCAUUGCCAAUCAUAUUGAGGAAAAUGAUUGCCAGACAGAGUUGCUUCUAAGCAGAAAAGAUUGGGUUCAGAUUGACAAGAAAUUGUUUAACCCUCGCCACCCCAAAAAUCAUGCUUCAGAAUCUGCUGCUGAUCUGUUUGAGCCUUGUCCCAAGAAACAGGUAGUGUCAUUCAUUUGGGCAAUUUGUAGGAGAAUAGUCCCUCCACCAUUGCUGGGAGAGCCAUCUAAUUGGAGAAUUCUGAGAAAAAAUAUCUCUAAGUUUAUUCACCUGCGAAAAUUUGAGAAGUUCUCUCUGAAGGAAUGUAUUCAUAAAUUAAAACUGUCUAAAUUUCCUUUCUUGUCAAAUAAGCAAAGCAGAUGUAGGGACAACGAAUGCAGUGGGCCUUGUAUUACAGAUGCUUCCAGGCAUGCAAUUCUUGAAUGCUGGUUAUUUUGGCUUUUUGCACAUCUAGUAUCACCAUUAGUGCAAGCCAACUUUUAUGUUACGGACAGUGAAAAUGGGAGACAAGAUGUAGUAUACUAUCAGAAAUCUACCUGGAAGAAACUGAUGAAAGAAGCAGAAUGCAUGAAGAAAAAGAUGUUCAGACUGAUGACUCAUGCUUAUGCUAGAAAAAUAUUGGGGAAGAGGCCGUUUGGAUACUCAAGGGCAAGACUUCUUCCUAAGCAAUCUGGAUUUAGACUGCUGGCAAAUCUUCAAGCACCAUCAAGACUGCCUUUGAAGCUGCCUGCUGGAACUCAAAUCAGCAGAAAGUUUCAGGGGGAAAUGUUUCACAAUCCUAUGAGAUAUCAGAAUUUCAAGUCUGUAAACCAGGUUCUUAAUGACGUGCAUGUGGUUCUGAAAGGUUUAUUUACAGAAAUGUCCGGGAAGUUGGGUUCAUCAGUUUUUGAUUACAAUGAUGUUUACAGAAAGCUUGUACCUUUUCUGCUGCUUCUGAAAGAUAGCUCCGUCACUAUGCCUAAUAUUUUCAUUGUGGUUGCUGAUGUAUCAAAAGCUUUUGACUCUAUUACUCAUGAUAAAUUGCUGAGUGUGAUGAAGGAUGUCAUAUUGGAUGAUGAAUAUGCCUUGGAAAAGCUCACUCAUGUUAUCUGCACAAAGAACUCUUUGAAGGUCCAUAAACAUCUGAACUUGGUGAACCAAUAUAUUACUUCUGGAUCUACACAAAUUACAUCAUUGCCUCUAGGGCAGUCAUUGGGUGGUGUUCUUGUUAAGAAGGAACUGGACAGAAAGUUAAGCAAGGAAAACAUAAUUUCUCUUUUGAAAGAGCACAUUACGCGCAAUGUGGUGCAGUUAGAUAACCACUUUUAUCUGCAACGUGUUGGAAUACCCCAGGGAAGUGUUUUGUCUACUAUACUUUGCGCAUUUUAUUAUGAGCACAUGGAAAGGAAUGUGAUAUAUCCAUAUCUAGCAAAAGUAAACAAGGCUGGUUUCGGAGAAUCCCAUGUUUCAGCUUCUUUAGCAGAAAAUCAUACAAAGGAAAUGAUUGUGAGUGGUCUGCAGCAGCAGCAGCUUCUUCUUCGGUUUAUUGAUGAUUACCUUUUCAUAUCAACAUCAAGGACACAGGCAUCCAUGUUCUUCACCCGUCUGGAUAGAGGAUUUCACGAGUAUAACUGCAGCAUGAACAAGGACAAGUUUGGUCUAAAUUUUGACGUGGAAAACAGGCAAAAUACUUCGAAGAGAUUAUUUGUCGGCAAGGAUGGUGUCUCCUUCCUUUGUUGGAGUGGAUUGCUUGUCAACUGCUCCACAUUAGAGAUUCAGGCAGACUACACCAGGUACCUCGACAUCCACUUGAGUUCAACUCUUACUGUAAGCCGUCAAGGCAAGAUCGGCUGCCAGUUGAAGAAAAAGUUGCGUAGUUAUCUGCUGACAAAAUGCCAUCCUAUAUUCUACGACUCUAACAUUAACUCUCUGAACACAGUCUGUCUCAAUAUCUAUCAAGCGUUUCUCGUAUGUGCCAUGAAAUUUGUUUGUUAUAUCUCCGAAUUGUCGAUCAUAUCCAAGUUCAGCCCGGAAUUCUACUUCAAUGCCAUCACUGCAUCUUUGAGGUACAUGAGUCAAACCAUUAAGAAGAAGAUGAGAUAUUUCCAAACAGGCAAUGCUUUCCGUCCAAACUAUGGCGUAAAAAGCAAGGACGUAGUGUGGCUCGGGCUCUAUGCAUACAGUCGGGUGCUCAAGAAAAAGCAGUCGCGUCACAAGGAACUCCUUCACAUGUUCAGGUCUCGACUGAAGGCAUGCGGAAAGGUAGAAACUAUGUCGCCUGAGCUCAGGUACGCCGUUGAUGAUGCGCAUUCUUCCGUUUUUUGGAAAAUUAAGUAUUGAUCUUUUUAUACUUUAUGCUACCUUAUUGCUUCCUAGAAUUAAAUGGAUUAUUUGAUUA